CCUUGCCUCUCAUUAUAGGUUUCCCACUCCGAUACUGAUAUUCAAACUUGCUUCCUCAAAAUCAAACCUUUAUCUUCUCCCAUAGCCUGAAACUUCUUCAUCAAUCAAUGGCCUAUGGUACAAACAGAGGCUACUCUGUUUUGGAUGGGUUUACUCUGAACCCUGUCCCAUAUCCUGUUCUGCUAAUCCUUGCUGUGUUAUUUGUCUUCCUCGGCAUCUCAUGGUACUUCUCCUACGAGGAAGUUGUCGAAAGUGCAGAAGAACAAUUGGGUUGGGUUCUAUUCGCUACCCCAGUUGCGAUACUACUCCUAGCUCGUUGGUUGUCUUCCGUUGAUACUUCUGAUUGGUUCUUCUUUGGCUCUUCGCCUUGGGAAAGGCAGAGGAGGACUCAUCAUCUUCCAUCAGAGGGAAGCUCGCCAUGGGGUGUGGCUGCUCUUAUUGUGGUCUUGCUCAUUAUGAUUCAGUACCAAUCUUCCUUUCUUGAAAACUGGUUCUUUUAAUAUGAUUUGAAUUCUGCUCUGUUUGUUUGUUUGUUUGUUUUUUUUUUUUUAGUGGUUUGAGUAUCUAGAUAAAGUUCUGGGUAGUAAAUGUUUAAUACGAUACUUUGAUUUUGUUUGUCAGAGGCUAGAAAACUUCGGAUCUACCUUGUAGAUCUUGUGAUUAUUGUAAAUAUAUGAUAGACGAUGGUGUUGUAUGAAUCUGGUUUAAGAUAUGGAACCUAAUUUAAUAAAGAAGCUUUGAUUUCUUCAGUUUUGGA